AUGCUCACACGGAUAUCAAGCACAGCACGGUAUAUCUGUCCCUUCCGGAUUCUCCAACAAUUAUCCACCAGAAGGACAUUAUCAACCACUCUUCCUCGGAACAAUGCAUCACCACCUCCUUCAGCACCAAAAGAGAACAGUUCGUAUAGGGACGGGAUGUCGCGAUAUAAAACCUUCGUGAGUCCGUUCGCCAAGGUGUUCCUGGGGGCCAUCUUCACGUACCAGGUGAUUUACUGGACGUGGUUGAAGUUGGAGACGGAUGAGAUCAAGGUUGAGAAGACCAAGGUUGCAGCUUUGGAGAAGAAGGCUAGAGAAUUGACGAGCGCGGCGAAAUGA